AUGAUGUUCAAGUCCACCACCGCGGCCAUGCUCCUCUUCGGAGCCGCCACUGCCACUCCCCUCUUUGGCCGUGCCGAAGCUAGCCAGACCAAGUCUGCUUCUCAAUCUUCCAAGACAAGCGAGAGCAGCGCCUACAGCUGGUCAGAGGGCUGGACCAAGGACUACCCCAUCCACCAGUCUUGCAACGCAACCCUCCGUCAUCAGUUGUCCAAUGCUCUGGAUGAGACUGUCCAGCUUGCUCAACAUGCCAAGGACCACAUUCUGCGACAUGGACACAAGUCGGAGUUUUUCACCAAGUACUUUGGCAAUGCCUCCACCUCUCAGCCUAUUGGAUGGUACGACCGUGUUGUCAACGCCGACAAGACUGGCGUGCUCUUCCGUUGCGAUGACCCUGACAAGAACUGUGCUACACAAGACGCAUGGGCUGGACACUGGCGAGGCGACAAUGCUACCUCGGAGACAGUCAUCUGCCCCCUCUCUUUCGAGAUCCGCCGCAACCUCGACUCUGUCUGCAAUCUGGGUUACACUGUCGCCAACUCCAAGUUGAACACUUUCUGGGCCACCGACCUUCUUCACCGAGUCUUGCAUGUCCCCAUCAUCAGCGAGAAGACUGUUGACCACUUUGCUGAGAACUACACUGAUGCUCUCGCGCUCGCCAAAUCCGACCCCUCCAAGAGCGUCAUUGAUAGCGACGCCCUGCAGUACUUUGCCAUUGAUGUUUGGGCUUAUGACAUCGCUGCUCCUGGUGAAGGAUGCACUGGCGAGGUUGAGGAUGAGACUGAAGAGGAGAAGCCUACUGCUACCAAGUCUGACUCUUCCAAGCCUAGCGCUACCAAGGAGGCUCCCAAGGAGUGCCACACUCACGACGACGGUGUUGUUCACUGCUCUUAA